GUUUAUAAAAACGAACGGCCCGUAGUGUUCGGUCAGCAAUUAAAGCUCACAAAUCAAAGCCAAAACAAAGCGAAAAACAUAAACAUUUGUCAAGUGACAGCCAGCAAGCUAAAAAGCAACUAAACGCCCUAGUGAUUUAAGUUCGUAGGGGCAGUGUGAUACAAUAAGUGUCUAAAUUUAACGUGUGACUCUCUGAAACUGAGUAAACUUUUGGCAGCCAAACAAGAAGAAUCCACGCAAAAGCAGCAGCAACAACAACUAGAACAGAAUUCGGGCAAUGUCAUUGGAAGAUCUCAAAUCCCAGUUGCGCCGUCAUCCAAAGCUUGUGGGCCUGGGCGGAGUGGGCCUGCUGACCGCGGCCGGUUUCUUGCUCUACGAGUCACCACAGGUGCGCCGUUUCCUUUCUCGCUAUGUGGACACCAAAACACCGGAGCCGGAUAAGCGGCGUUCCGAGUACAUCUACAUCAAGUAUCACAUCUAUCGCGAGUCUAUGCGCAAGCUAAUGCAGAAGCAGGAAGACGAAAAGAAGUGGAUAAAUGUGAUCAUAAAUCCCAUUGGCAAAUGGUGGAAGACGGCCAAGCAUUCGGUGGCCUGGCGUCUCCUAAACAUCGCUCAAAAUGGAACCCAACCGGAGCGGCUGAAGGCGGUGCAGCAGCUUGUUUGCAUGGAUCACCUCAAGGACUGGGACUUUAGACAUUUGGCGCAGAUUUGCGAUGCCCGUACGGCCGUCUCUCUUGCAAGAUGUGGCGCCGAUACGCGCUGGUUUAUGCCCGUCCACCGGCACGGUUGCAUUAAGAAUCCCAAGAUGCUUUUGUCGGAGCUGCAUUUGAUGCUCAACCGGCUGCGACCCAUGUCCUGCGUGGAUCACUUCUUUAGCAAAUACUUCCCCGAACAAGAUCCAAUUGAGGACCUCCACGAAUACAUGACCCAGGAGCAGACCAUUGUUCUAUCCACGGCUGACACAGAUUUACUUAAGGAAAUCAUCUCGUUCCUGCAUCACAUCAGCAAGGAUCCCCAAGUCUCGGCAAAUAUUAUUAAAGACGGUGGCCUCGUGCACCUCAUGGAGCUGCGUAAAAUAUUCAGCGACGAUAACGAGACCCUGUCGACCCUUUGUAAAGUUCUGGCCAACAUAUCCGUAGUGCCUGAUGCCGUGGAGCACUUCUUCGCCUCCGGCUGGAUUGGAGUUCUGGCUGAAUGGCAGCAGUGUCAGGAUCUACGGCUGCAAGUGAUCUCGGCCAAGACGAUGGCCAAUCUAGAUCACGACGAUCCCAAUCAGUGCACGUAUCCGCCGAAUGUAUAUCCGCUGCAUCCACGUGUUCGCACCCGCAGGAAGCCCAAGGCAGACAUCGUCUUCGUCCAUGGACUGUUGGGUGGUGUGUUUAUUACAUGGCGGCAGCGCGAUAAGAAGCAGCCCACAGAGCUGGGCCUUUAUGGUAAAAAUGCCUUCUACACCAGCGAAGCGGAUGAUGUGUUCCUAGUUGGUGAGCAGAAGCGUAUGAAUGGCAAGCAGCGCAAGCAGCAGGUUCCCCCACAAGACAACGCUCAGACGGAAGCAAUCAAAGAUCCCGUCUUGAAAGCCAGCAAGAAAGUGGAGGAACGGCGCCUGAAUAUUAGCGAUGAUGCUACCAAAGAAUUCGUGGAGACGCUAAGAAGUGAAGCCGAAUUGGAAUCCGAUUGGGAGGUGGUCCAUCCCGAUGUGCCUCUCAAUGCGAAUGAGAACUGUGCUGGCGACUUCAGUGUGUCGGGCAACGAGUGGCGCAACCAGGACACCAGCGAUGAGUACACCAACUGCUGGCCAAUGGAGUGGCUGCCAGAUGACUAUCCCGAUUCCAGAAUUAUUGGAAUCGAUUAUACGUCAGCGGUCACAGAGUGGUCGGCAAAUUUCACCAAAUACUGCCCGUGUGAGAAGGGCCAGGGUCACAUCGAUGUCAGGGCCACCACACUGCUAGAGCGGAUCGUUGCCUCAGAUGUCGGCAACGGACGACCGAUCGUCUGGAUCGGACAUUCCAUGGGAGGCCUACUCACCAAGCUAAUGCUACUCAAAUCUGUGGACUCACAGGAGCCCAAGGUCCAACAGUUGGCCAAGAAUACCAAGGGCAUUGUGUUCCUGGGCACACCGCACAGAGGCUCACCGAUUGCAAAAUGGAAGCAGCACAUGCAAAUGAUACUCUCGCCCUCCAUCGAGGUGAAGGAGAUGGAGGAGAACUCGCCAAAAUUGCUCGAGAUGCACCGCCGAUUCAUGGGCUGCCUGCACACAUUCCUUCGCGAUGUCAAGGUCGUCAGCGUGGCCGAAGGAACACCCACAAUGCUUACCACAUUCAAGUUUCCGCUGCGCAUUGUCACCGAGGAAUCCGCUCGGAUAGAUUUCGGAGACUUCUAUUUAAUGAAGGAUGACCACUUGAGCCUCUCAAAACCAAUUUACAGACAAUCGUUCCUGUACCAACGGCUAUUGCAUGUUAUCCACGAGGCUGUCAUGGAGAGAUCGGAUCCAAAGGAUCAAGAUGCCCAAUCGCAAUCCGCUCCAAGUCAGGAAGUGGUACUCACGAACAUUGUAGCAGCUCUGCUGAAGGGAGCCAAGGGCCUGUUUGAAUCGCUGCCCAUUGUCGCCCUCAGAUUUAGCACUUAGGGAAUGGGCUAUCUUAAAAGGAAACCCCAAAUACGCGCCUGUACCUUAAUAGUAUCCCAGCUUAGCCUUUAAGGACGUAAAAAUAUUAAGUAUUAAAUCUCACCGCCCCAUAUCACACGCAAAGAUAUCCAAAUCCAGAUGUAUAUACAACGCUCGCAUGUAGCUUCUUACGAACGACGAAUCCUAAUUUAUUUACCUUAGUCAACGACUCAAAAUGAUUUAAUAAAAAAAUGGUCUAUAUUUAUACUAA